AUGACUGCUGUUGCGUCGCCACCCAGUGUGCAAUCCGCGCCUCGUCUAGGAUGGUACCCGACUGGUGACGGUGGACAAGGUUCCCUUUCCUCAAUGAGUGCAGACGAGGUCUCGCGAAUGUUGAUGCCACGCAAAAGUGUUCAGCGGUCAAAUUCCUCUUCUUCCCUCUCCUCGAACUCCUCAACCUCCUCAACAUCGACGGUUACCUCCCAGCUGCCGAUACAGGCUCAGAGUAAUGGUGUUUCUGUUCCAGCCCAGGGAUCCAGUGCAGAGUCUUCUUCCAACGCAACCACCAGAAAGAAACCGUCACGGUACACCUGGUCCAGCUCAAAGGCAGAUCCGGUCUCGGGCGUGACCAACACUCGGCCUCAGACGGUGUCUGUUCCUCCAUCGGGAGUCUCUGCCUCGUCGGCCAUGUCUGCUCUUCACCAGACACCUCCCAUGGUUCCCCUGCAGCACAUCAUGCCACCACAGCAGAAUGGAGUACGUCCCGGGAGUAGGCCGCCCCAUGAACCAGCCGUCGUGCUUUCUCUACUUCCUAUAAACGGUACAUUUGAACGGAAACAGAUCAACGUGCCUUACUUCCCAGAGGUACUGCGUAUUGGACGCCAAACGAAUGCCAAAACACUUCCCACCCCCGCUAAUGGAUACUUUGAUUCAAAAGUCCUCUCAAGACAGCAUGCUGAGGUCUGGUCUGACCGAGCUGGAAAGAUUUGGAUUAGAGACGUAAAGUCAUCGAAUGGAACCUUUGUCAAUGGUCAAAGGCUGUCCCCCGAGAACAGAGACUCUGAACCCCAUGAACUGCGAGAACAUGAUGUCUUGGAACUCGGUAUCGACAUUAUCAGUGAAGAUCAAAAGUCAAUUGUCCAUCACAAGGUUUCAGCAAAGGUCGAGCAUGCAGGCAUCCAUGGACCUAAUAUGAAUAUCUUAGACUUGAAUUUUGGUGACAUAGAUCCCACGACGGGUGGUGGCCUCCUCCCUCACCACCUGAGCCAGCCUCUGUCUCACAUGCGUGGCCGGGCUGGAAGUGCAUCCUCGACUGCAAGUGCAGCAAGUGUACGCUCUGGACAAAGUCUGCCCGGAAACCAUAUCAACCUCCUCCACCAGCAGAGGCAGAUGAACUAUUGGUCUUCUCCAAUUUCAAUUGAACAGGUUGUGAAAAAGCUUACGUGUGAGAUGAAACAGGCAAAGCAGCUGAAUCAUGACCUUGGUCAAACCUCUGGUUUCCUCAGCACUAUAUCAAACCCAGAGACCUCUAACAAAGAGCGGGCCAGUCUUCUUAACAAUAUUGCCGAGAGCCCCGUCGGGACAAAACCACCUGCUCGGCCCAAGCUAAAUAAGACGGAUUCCAUGUCGAGAUUCUCCGACCCUCCUGCACCACCCCCACAACAACCUCUUCCCGAGAAGCCUGACGCUCCACCGCGGACGUUCUCUACCGACUCACUGCCUAAAAUGUCGUUAAGAAGAAAUGAUACCGAAAAGGCCAAAGCCGCAACUGAUAUCACCCCGGCCCAGUCGAGCCAGAUACUAUCUUUAAUUGAAGCCCUGACCACCACCAAGAAAGAGUUAGACCUGCAGGCUAGCAAAGUCAAGCAGCUUGAGAAUAUGCUGCGUCGUGAGCAGAGUGCUCGUGAGAGUGCUGAGGAACGUGCUCGAAAAUUAGAGAGCCAGCCACCCGGUCAGGUUUUGCUUUCCAAUGGUACUCAUCCUGGACCAGACGAGCAAGUGGACGUGGACUUGGGUGUGGCCGAAGAAGAAAGCAAGGCUCUGGACGAUUCCACCACCACAGAAUCCCCAGAGAGAAAAGACUUCAAGCCGAUCACCAACGCCGAGGGUGAGGAUGUGUCUCCCCCUAUAGUACCAGAGCCCUCAUCCGACGAACUGAAGCGCCGCAUCGACACGCUGCUGGCUGAGAUGGAAGCCGCGAAGAAGCAAAUGAACCAUUACAGGGAAUCUGCUGAGCGGGCGGAAAAGGAGGCUGCCGAGAGUCGCCAGACCCUCGCAGAAAUGAUUGAGAAGAUCCGACAGGAGAAGGCUCAAGAGAGCGCUACUGCUGCUGCCUCUGCCUCCAAGGGCUCGCCGCGGUCCAGAGGUGUCUUGGAAGCCGAGGUUGAGACCGCCACCGCCGCUCCUCCGGGUGAGGAAUCAGCAUCCCGCUCAUCCACCACCAACAUCGACAAGGUCAUCGAGAAUUGUCGCUCCAUCGACCCGGAGGAAAUAAGGGAGCUCGAAUCUGUGGCAGCGGCUUUCGCAAAGCCGCAGCGGCAGGACUCAGUGUUGCUUGAGCGGUCUGCACCCUAUGCCUCUAUGCUUGGUGUUGUUUUGAUCGGAGUCGGGAUAAUGGCGUACCUAAAUGGUUGGCAUAAAGUCGAACGAUAA